AUGGUUACUACUCAAUCGUACACCCAAAGAGCUGAAAUUCACCCAUCUCCAGUGGCUCAGCGACUUCUUCGACUCAUGGACUCCAAGAAGACCAACCUUUGUGCUUCGGUUGAUGUCAGAACCACCAGUGAACUCCUCUCCCUCAUCGACAAGCUCGGACCAUACAUUUGUCUUGUUAAAACUCAUAUCGACAUUGUGGAUGACUUCUCGUAUGAAGGAACUAUCGUUCCUCUUCUUGAACUUUCGAAGAAACAUAACUUCAUGGUUUUUGAAGACAGAAAGUUUGCAGACAUCGGAAACACUGUCAGAUCCCAAUACGUUGGAGGUGCGUACAAAAUUGCCCAAUGGUCUGAUAUCACUAAUGCCCACGGUGUCACCGGAGCUGGUGUUGUACAAGGCUUGAAACAGGGAGCUCAAGAAACUACCCAGGAACCAAGAGGACUUUUGAUGUUGGCAGAGUUGUCAUCAAAAGGUUCUUUAGCAUUCGGUGAGUAUACGGAUAAGACCGUUGAAAUAGCCAAGACUGACAAAGAGUUUGUCAUUGGAUUUAUCGCUCAAAGAGAUAUGGGUGGCCGUGAAGAAGGGUUUGACUGGCUUAUAAUGACCCCUGGAGUUGGUUUGGAUGACAAAGGCGAUGGCUUGGGUCAACAGUACCGUACUGUUGAUGAAGUGGUCAGUACUGGAACUGAUAUUAUCAUUGUAGGAAGAGGUCUCUUUGGUAAAGGAAGAGAUCCUGACGUAGAAGGAAAGAGAUAUAGAGAUGCUGGAUGGGCUGCAUACCAAAAGAGAUGUGGUAAUUAG